AUGCAGGCGUCGCCAGAGGCACAAGCGGACGCGAUCCUGCUUGCCUACUUAUCUCCUCCGUCCGACACAGUGCCGCGGACUUGGACGGCGGCCUACGCCGCAGAUGUACGCGAGCGGCGCGCAAAAAGUACUGGGCAGCGUCUUUUUUAUGACCGCAUGCUCGCGGACGCAGGCAUCCAAGAUGCCCUCUUUCCCCCAGUAGAUGGUACACAGGCCUACGUCCUGCUUGUAUCUAUCCUCACCGCGCCGUGUGAUGACACUACAAAACAUGCACUUGUAUACUAUCUGGCGCGGGAACACACGGCGAUACAGCAACGUCACAACACAGCGGACGACACGGCGUGUUUGUACGCAGCACAAACACGGCUUGCUCCGUGGAGUGAAAAAGAGACGGAUGGAUACUGGUACAUGGACCACUUUUACUACCCGGCCGCCGUGCCGCUCCUGGCCAAUGCGUCGAUGCUGCCGCUGGUCGCUGCUGCGCUGAGCGACAACUUGCCAAAACAUGCCGAGCUCCUUCUCCAGCUGUACCAGGUGCACGGCGCACUUGUUUUCUCGUGCACCAAGACAAGCUCCGCGCUCGUCCAUUUCGUCAAGGCGCUCACAAUGGUGCAUGGCUUUGGCGCCGCGUGGGAAAUGUGCCGCUCCUGGCUCGAUACACUGCCGCGCGACGAUGCGCUGCACACCACGCUUUACAACAUGCUCUUCCGGAUAUGCUUUGCGCCGCCGGAUACCGACGCUAUUCGUACCCUGAUGCUGCUGCCGCUCCGCCCAGAGGAGACGACGCGUUUGGAAGCGUUUGCCCUCGCCCCCGACAAUCUGCCGCAGCACCACGCGGCGCUUGCCGUGGACACAUUGCUGCUCAAGUUCGUGUGCCAGGGGCGCUAUGUCGAUGCAAUUCACCUCGAUCGUCGCGCGGCGCAGCUGGAGCGCACGCUGGCGUUUGCCGAGAUUGGCACAGAGGCUGCGCGGCUGCGUGCGCGGCGCAAAACACUUGUUGCGGGAUUGUGGGCUGUCCUGCCGCAGAUACAGCGCGAUGCACUGCGUAUGGAUGCCGGCAACGAAGAGAGCACGCCGGUGCCGAUAAAAGGUACUCCGCCGCGUCCGCAAACGCCGCUCAGUGUGUCUGUAUCUGGAUCGCCGGAAGCACGUAUUUUGCGCAAUGCGAUACGUGCGCCGUCGCUCGGUGCGAGCGUUGCUGGGGCGCCGGUGGAAAAGGUCAAAAACGAUCCUGCGUUGCGGAGCAGCAGUCCUUUCCGCGGCUGGAAAAACGUCGCGCAGCCGCAUAUCGUGCAGCGUGAGCCUGCAUGGGGUGUUCCUGUUCCUCGGCAUGUGCCUCUUGAGGAUACAAAGAUGGAUGCUUUGCCGGAAAUAGAUCCGGUGCACGGGGAAGAUUUGAGUAUGGGGGAAGCGGGCCAGGACGAAGCGUGUGCUUUGGACGUGCACGGAAGCGAAAAUGCAUCCAUAUCCCAGCACCCAAACGCGCCCAUGCACGAGGACCCAUCUCCAUCUCGAUCCCCAACUCCGCCCAGCGUACCAGUCCGGCGCAAGCGCGGCCAACGUGUCGCCGCAAAGCGUGCUGCCGAAGCAAUCCACGAUAUUGAACAAACACCCAACAUCCCCGGCGGCUUCCCUCUGUGGACCGAGCAGGAAUCUCCCCGCCGCUCUUCGCGCCGCGGCAGGCACCCGAGCGAGGAUAGGCUCCCUGAAAAAUCUACUGUGCACCGCUCACGCACCGGCGCACACUCUCCUGGCCGUAUCCUUCGCUCUCAAUCCAGCGCCGACGUAGCCUAUCCCCACGGCACGCUUGCACGUCUGGAGGCAGUGAGCGAUGCUCGCCCCAUUGCACGACGUACGCGUGCACAGACUGCUGAGCUCGAAUCGCACGGAUCGCAGGCAAGCACCGAAGCUGACGGCGUUUCGGAUGCGGACGCAGCCGUGCCGCCCAAGCCGCGCCGACGAGCACGAAAUCAAAGUCCAGCACACCGUGCGACGAGAUCCUCGCGCCGUUUGCGCGAAAAUGCGCCGCGCAAGCGCUGA